GUUGCAAUGAAGAAGGAAGUGAGUGUGUGUCUGCUUGGGGAGGGGGACUGCAAAGCACUUCUGCCUGCCUGCAUAAGAGCAGGAGAGUCUGGAGGGCUGGGAGCACAGGACAAUGCUGCAGGAAGGAAUGUGAGCCACGGAGCAUGGUUGGUGCCACAUUUAUCCAGCAGGUGCUGAGAGCUGUCUGCACACGGCUUUGUCGAUGAAGGAAGAAAUUGGCUGGGACUCGAGAGCACAGAGCAGUUCCUAACACGCUUCAACAUGCGCAAAGGGGUGCCAAAGGACCCAGAAAUAGCUGACCUGUUCUACAAGGAUGAUCCUGAGGAGAUAUUCGUGGGUUUGCACGAAAUUGGACAUGGAAGUUUUGGAGCAGUUUACUUUGCUACGAAUUCCCACACUAAUGAGGUGGUGGCAGUCAAGAAGAUGUCCUAUAGUGGAAAGCAAACGAAUGAGAAGUGGCAGGAUAUCAUCAAAGAAGUCAAGUUUCUCCAACAGCUGAAGCACCCCAACACCAUAGAGUACAAGGGCUGUUACCUGAAGGAGCACACAGCAUGGUUGGUUAUGGAGUACUGUUUAGGAUCAGCUUCUGAUUUGCUAGAAGUUCACAAGAAGCCACUCCAGGAAGUGGAGAUUGCUGCCAUCACCCACGGUGCCUUGCAGGGGCUGGCCUACCUGCACUCCCACUGUAGGAUCCACAGGGAUAUUAAAGCUGGAAAUAUUCUUCUAACAGAACCAGGUCAAGUGAAGCUUGCUGAUUUUGGGUCUGCAUCUAUAGUCUCCCCUGCCAACUCUUUUGUGGGAACGCCUUACUGGAUGGCACCAGAGGUGAUCCUUGCAAUGGACGAGGGGCAGUACGAUGGGAAGGUGGAUGUUUGGUCUCUUGGGAUCACAUGCAUCGAGUUAGCUGAAAGGAAGCCUCCACUUUUCAACAUGAAUGCAAUGAGUGCCUUAUAUCACAUAGCCCAGAACGAUUCCCCUAGGUUACAAUCAAAUGAAUGGUCAGACUCCUUUAGGGGAUUUGUUGAUUACUGCUUACAGAAAAUACCUCAGGAAAGGCCAUCAUCAACAGAUUUGUUACGGCACGAUUUUGUGCGCCGGGAGCGACCGCCCAGGGUGCUGCUAGACCUGAUCCAGAGGACCAAGGACGCAGUCAGGGAGCUGGACAACCUGCAGUACCGCAAGAUGAAGAAAAUCCUCUUCCAGGAGACACGCAACGGGCCCCUCAACGAGUCCCAGGAGGAGGAGGAGGACAGUGAGCAUGGAUCAAACCUGAGUAGGAAGAUGGACAGUCUGGGCAGCAACCAUUCCAUCCCCAGCAUGUCUGUGAGCACAGGCAGCCAGAGCAGCAGUGUGAGCAGCAUGCAGGAGGUCCUGGAUGAGAGCAGCCCUGAGCUGGUCAUGAUGCAUAGUGACGAGAGCACCAUUAAUUCCACCUCCUCCGUUGUUCACAAGAAGGAUCAUGUAUUUAUAAGGGAUGAGGUGGGCCACAGGGAUCGCAGGCCUGAGGUGCGGCCUACCCAGUCAGUGCAGAAUCAGGCCCUCCACUACCGGAACCGAGAGCGCUUUGCCACAAUCAAAUCAGCAUCUUUGGUUACAAGACAGAUCCAUGAGCAUGAGCAGGAGAACGAGCUGCGGGAACAGAUGUCAGGAUAUAAGCGGAUGCGGCGCCAGCACCAGAAGCAGCUGAUCGCCCUGGAGAACAAGUUGAAGGCCGAGAUGGACGAGCACCGCCUCAAGCUGCAGAAGGAGGUGGAGACACACGCCAACAACUCGUCCAUUGAGCUGGAGAAGCUGGCCAAGAAGCAAGUGGCUGUGAUGGAGAAGGAGGCAAAGGCAGCUGCAGCAGAUGAAAAGAGAUUCCAGCAACAGAUUUUGGCUCAGCAAAAGAAAGACCUGGCGACCUUUUUAGAAAGUCAGAAGAAACAAUACAAGCUUUGCAAGGAAAAGAUUAAAGAGGAAAUGAAUGAGGACCACAGCACGCCCAAGAAAGAGAAGCAAGAAAGGAUAUCCAAACACAAAGAGAACCUGCAGCACACACAGGCUGAAGAGGAGGCCCAGCUUCUCAGCCAGCAGAGACUCUACUACGACAAAAACUGCCGUUUCUUCAAGAGAAAAACCAUGAUCAAGAGGCACGAGAUGGAGCAGCAGAACAUUCGGGAAGAGCUGAACAAGAAGCGGACGCAGAAGGAGAUGGAGCACGCGAUGCUGAUCCGGCACGACGAGUCCACGCGGGAGCUGGAGUACCGGCAGCUGCACACGCUGCAGAAGCUGCGCAUGGACCUCAUCCGCCUGCAGCACCAGACCGAGCUCGAGAACCAGCUGGAGUACAACAAGCGGCGCGAGCGGGAGCUGCACAGGAAGCAUUUCAUGGAGCUCCGGCAGCAACCAAAGAACCUGAAGGCUAUGGAAAUGCAGAUCAAAAAGCAGUUCCAGGACACAUGCAAAGUGCAAACUAAGCAGUACAAAGCACUGAAGAAUCACCAGCUGGAAGUAACUCCAAAGAGUGAGCACAAGACAAUUCUGAAGAGCCUGAAGGACGAGCAGACACGGAAGCUCGCCAUCCUGGCCGAGCAGUACGAGCAGAGCAUCAACGAGAUGAUGGCCUCGCAGGCACUCCGGCUGGACGAGGCCCAGGAAGCAGAAUGCCAAGCCCUGAGACUGCAACUCCAGCAGGAGAUGGAGCUGCUCAACGCAUACCAGAGCAAAAUUAAGAUGCAGACAGAAGCACAGCACGAAAGGGAACUCCAGAAGCUGGAGCAGCGGGUGUCGCUGCGCAGGGCACACCUGGAGCAGAAGAUCGAAGAGGAGCUCGCCGCCCUCCAGAAGGAACGCAGCGAGAGGAUCAAGUUUCUAUUGGAAAGGCAGGAGCGAGAGAUUGAGACGUUUGACAUGGAGAGCCUGCGGAUGGGCUUUGGGAAUUUGGUCUCGUUAGAAUAUCCCAAGGAGGACUAUAGAUGAGGUUAAAUUUCUUUGCCAUUUAAAAACAAAACAAACCAACAAAAACCACAAAAAGCAGAGUAAGGAUGAAACUUGCAAACCCAACAUUCCCCAUGUUGACGGGCGUGCUCUCUCUCUUUCUGUCUCUCUUACUGACAUCGUGUCGGACCAGUGCCUGUAUAUUCUUAUCCAUCAGGGGCCCCUUUCCCCCGUCACGUCCCGGUGCAGGACAGCUCCUGGCAGUCUUUUCCAUAGUAUGUCACAGUAUUGAUGUCUCUGUGCAAUGAUUAAAAAUGUUUCAGUGAAAACUUUGGAGACAAUUUUAAUGGAGAAAAAAAAAAAAAAAA